AUGGUUAUGGAGAACGCUCCGAUGAAAAAUUGGGAGUUAACGUUGUAUGAGAUGCAGCGCAAGCCGCAGGAACCCAUUACUGAUGGUACAAAGAUAGCUGUCAGUCCGCGUAGCCUUCAGUCUGAACUCAUGUGUCCAAUUUGUCUUGAUAUUCUUAAAGUUACAAUGACCACUAAAGAGUGUCUUCAUCGCUUUUGUUCAGAUUGUAUUGUUACCGCUUUGCGAAAUGGUAACAAGGAGUGCCCAACUUGUCGCAAAAAGUUGGUUUCUAAGCGCUCUCUUAGACGAGAUCCUAACUUUGACGCUCUUAUCGCGAAAAUCUACCCAGACAGAGAGGAAUAUGAGGCUCAUCAGAACAGGGUUCUGGCCAAGUUGAACAAGCACCAAUUCAAUGGUAGAGGUGCUGCUCAUGAUGGCCAAGGCUCUUCAGAUGUUGAUGGAACGCGCUAUCGAAAUCGCCGUCAUGUUGGAAAUAAUGGUUUUACUGCAUCAGAAUCUGUGAUCAGUGAAGACGAUACAGCAUCAAUUGCCGGUAGUUUAAAUCAACGAGCCCCUUCCCGAGUGAACUCAGACGCUGAGAGUGGUACCAUGGAGACGGGGUCAGUAGGAGCUGCAAGUUCAAUUGAUUUUCAUCACCAAUCUGCAUCGUCAGUAACCCAAGGAACUCAACGCACUUCUCGUACUACUACAUCUGCGCCUUCCAAUUCAACCACUACUGUGGUACCGGAGAUUGAGUUAAUGCUCCAACCCCUGCCUCUUGAUGCUACCAUUCGUAGAAAUAGCGGUGCUACUGCUUCCUCGCUUGAUGGUGCACAGGAGAUGAAACAAGAGAACCGCACUGCACCCUCGAGUCCUAGAGGAGCUGUAUCAGAUAUGGGUUCUGAGGACUCGUCUACUCCGGUCAAGUAUAUUAAGGUUCCGUCGAAUGCUACUGUCGACCACCUUGGAACGUUUCUCUUGAUCCGUUUUAAUCUUCAGCGAGUCCUCAAGGAUGUUUUGGGCAAUGAUCCGCCCUUCCUAGUCUUCUACUAUAAUGAGAGCAGUGGAGAGUACGUUCAACUCCAGCCAGGCACCACUGUCGACGAAAUCAGUCGGCGUUUUUGGAGCGGUGCAAACAGUUUGAGUCUCUACUACCUUCGUGAACAGAGCUCCCAGAGUCACCAGUAG